AUGCUGCCAACUGCCGUUAUGCUGGUCUUGGCAGUGUCUGUGGUCGCUAGAGAUAACACCAUGUGUGAUGGCCCCUGCGGGUUACGGUUCAGGCAGAACCAGCAAGGGGGCAUGCGUAUCAUCGGCGGGCAGGCCGCAGCGCACGGGGCCUGGCCCUGGAUGGUCAGCCUCCAGAUCUUCACGUACCACAACAACCGGCGGUAUCAUGCGUGCGGGGGCACCCUGCUGAACGCCCACUGGCUGCUCACUGCUGCUCACUGCUUCCAGAGCAAAAACAAAGUUACCGACUGGAGGCUGAUUUUCGGAGCAAACGAAGUCGUGUGGGGAAGCAAUAAGCCAGUGAAGCCGCCUCUGCAGGAGAGAUAUGCUGAGAAAAUCAUCAUUCACGAGAAAUACUCCCCGGGCUCAGAGGCAAACGACAUCGCUCUCAUGAAGAUCACCCCUCCUGUUCCCUGUGGGCACUUCAUUGGACCAGGCUGCCUGCCCCAGUUUCGGGCAGGCCCACCCAGAAUUCCCCAGACAUGCUGGGUGGCUGGCUGGGGAUUGUUAAAAGACAAUGUCCCCAGGACAUCACCUAUACUGCAGGAGGCACGUGUGGACAUCAUCGACCUCGACUUAUGCAACUCGACCAGGUGGUAUAAUGGGCGCAUUUGUUCAACCAAUGUGUGCGCAGGGUAUCCUGAAGGCAAGAUUGACACCUGCCAGGGGGACAGCGGUGGGCCUCUCAUGUGCAGAGACAGCGUGGAAAACAGCUACGUGGUCGUGGGAAUCACAAGCUGGGGGGUAGGCUGUGCCCGAGCUAAGCGCCCCGGAGUCUACACGUCUACCUGGUCCUACCUGAACUGGAUUGCUUCCAAGAUUGGUUCUAACGCUUUGCACAUGAUUCAGUUGCCCACCCCUCCCCCUCCUUCUACUCCAGCACCCCCCGCUAAAUCCGCCUCCACUCAGCCUUCUAUUUGGCCACCUUGGUACUUCCAACACCCUCCUCGACCACCUCCCUCCCAGAGCCCCACUGCAGUGGCCCGACCCCAACCCGCAGCUCCACCGCCCCCCACUGCCCCACCGCCCCCACCUCCUCCUCCCCCACCGCCACCUUCCACUAAACCUCCCCAAGCACUUUCUUUUGCCAUGCGACUACAGCAGCUCAUAGAGGCCUUGAAGGGGAAGACCUUUUUUUGA